AUGGCCACGGAAAGCAGCCUGGUGUGCGGGGAGGACUGCGGGGGCAUCACCUGGGACUAUGAGAUCCAGCAGCUGACCUUUGGCGGAGGCCUCUGGGGCGCUUUGUUCGGCGUGGGCCUGGCCUUGUCCGUGACAGCGGCCACCUCCAACGUGGACAGCUGGCGCUCGGGGCUGGAGCUCACCUGCCUGAGGUUGAACAGCUCGAGGUUCUUCCUGGGGCUGGACUUUGUGCUCGCGGUAAUCCAGUCCAUCCAUUUUUGUGUGCGAACGUACACGCAGACCUUGACCUUCAUCGGCUUCAUCUUGGAAGCCAUUGCCGCCAUCUAUUACCUAGGUUUCAUGUUGCCCUUCUGGGGCUUUGCGCACUGCGAGGGCAUUCUGUCCGGGUUCUGGUGGAUGUUCUUCGACAUAGCGAUCCCCAAUUCCAUCCUCAUAGGUGCCGUAGUCAGCCUGCCCGUGGCAGAGUUCGAGGGCAAGAAGACAUGGUUUGCCCCAUCUUGGCUGGCCGCCAUCCACUUGCUGCGGUCCUGGCGGAAGCUGCUGAGGGCCAACAAGGUGAACGUCGAGAUGUUUCGCAACCAGCUCAUCGACUCCGUGGUGUCCACGGCAUUUGCAGUCUACCUCAUGGCGAUGAUGAUGCUGACCUUCGAAAAUCUUGGCGAGCCGGAGUUCAUGAAAUCCGUCUCUCAGGAGAAGUGGAACACCAUCUCCUCGCUGUACUUUAUACUCACCAGCGUGGCCACGGUGGGCUUCGGGGACCUGGUGCCGCUCACCAGUCUGGGCCGCAUCUGCACGGUCUUCGCCAUCUACAUGGGCCUGGCCUGGCUGGCCACGGUGGCCUACCGCUCUCUGCAGAUCCUGGCGGUGAACCAGACGGGCGGCGGCUUCUUCGAGCCCAUCCUCCACAGCAAGUAUAUCGUCGUCAUCGGCAACCCGACCGGGCUGAUGCUCAGGAACUUCCUGGCGGAGAUUUUCCACCCAGACCACGCGGAAGAUGCGGACGACCUUCAUGUGUCGGUGAUACUUCCGCAUGGUCAUCCUGGACAGGAUUUGGUAAAUGAGUGGCUGAGACAGCCGGAGAACCUCCGGAUGCUCCCGCGGAUUCACAUCUUUCAGGGCACCGCCUUGAGCGACCAAGACCUGCCGGUCGGCUCAGCUCCGGGGAGCGCGGGGCUGUGGCGGUUCUUGGGCUGUAGGAGGUCGGCGCGGACGGACGAGCUGAGCGCGUUGCCGGGGCUGGGGGUGGUGGUGGACUUCGCGCUGAGCCGCGCGGACACGGGCGCGCCCUUGGAGUGGAAGGAGGUGUCCAGCCCUUUGUCCUUCACCUCUGGCGCUGGAGAGGUGCCCGAUGUGCUCGACGAGGCUGUGGCGGGCAUGGCCUUGGGGGAGAGCAAGCGCUUGCUGGCCUACGGAGAGCCGAGCAAUGAGGCGGACGAGGUCUGGGAGAUCUCGGGGCAGAAGCUGCCACCCUGCGACGUGCCCCUGUCGCUGGAUGUGACGCUCCUGGAGGUGGAAGUGAAGCAAGACCCUCGCGGCGUCGCGGUGAAGACGCUGAAGCCCGGGGACGGCAGGACCUUCGCCGAAGCCGGGGACCGCGUCACGGUGCACUACAUCGGGAGGUUGGCUGCCAACGGGAAGCAGUUUGACUCCACGCACGACCGCGCCUUUCCAUUCGAGUUUCACGUUGGCGUUGGGAAGGUCAUUCCUGGCUUCGACAUGGGAAUGAUGAGACUUUCGGAAGGUGAGAAGGCCUUGCUCACCAUCCCCUCAGCCUUGGCCUAUGGGCCGCGAGGCUCCGGCAAGAUCCCGCCCGGCGCGGAUCUGAUCUUUGAGGUUCACCUGGUGAAAGUGGUGCGCUACUAG